CCGCCGGAAUCGGCCUCAAGAUUUUAUGACUCCCAGGAACUCCUACAACUCUAAAUAUCAGAACUGACAAAUUCCAUUCUCCAUUACUCCACCAGGCCUUUUCAAAUACUUCAUCAACCCAUCAUGGCUCCCAGAUUUCCCACCAAGAAGGUUGGUAAGUCAUCCAUUGAGCUCCCUCCCCAUUGCGCAUCGCAUCGCGGGGCAAUUCCACCCCGCCAAAACCAAGAGCAAUUCCUAACACUUCACAGGCGUACUGGGCUGCACAGGUUCCGUCGGCCAAAGAUUCAUCCUCCUCCUCGCUCAACAUCCUCACUUCGUUCUACAUGCCGUGGGAGCUUCGUCGCGAUCGGCCGGCAAGAAAUAUAAAGAUGCGGUGAAUUGGAAGCAGGCUUCGCCAAUGGGCAAGCAUGUUGAGGAAUUGAUUGUGAAGGAGUGUAAAGCUAGUGAAUUUGCCGAUUGCGAUAUCGUGUUCAGUGGGUUGGAUGCUGAUGUUGCGGGAGAAAUUGGUGGGUGCAUUUUAUGAAGAGAAAGAAUGGUGUACUAAUGAGCACUGUAGAGAUGGAGUUUUUGAAGGCUGAACUGGCAGUCUUUUCGAAUGCUAAGAACUACCGGAAGGAUCCUCUUGUUCCUCUUAUCGUUCCUACAGUCAACCUACCUCAUUUUGAGGUUAUUCCACAUCAAAGAAGGCAUUAUGGCUUGAAGAAGGGGUUUUUGGUCUGCAACUCGAAUUGUGCUGUUAUUGGCAUAGUCAUUCCAUUCGCAGCAAUACAGAAGGAGUUUGGAGAGGUCUACCAAGUCAGUGUAGUUACCAUGCAAGCUGUUUCUGGCGCUGGGUAUCCUGGAGUCAGCAGUAUGGAUAUUCUGGACAACGUGGUACCAUACAUUUCCGGAGAAGAAGACAAAUUAGAGAACGAGGCUCAGAAGAUCUUGGGGAAGGUCAACGGAGAAGUUACGGGUUUCUUACAUCAAUCGGAUUUGAAAAUCUCAGCUGCUUGUAACAGAGUUGCUGUUUUGGAUGGUCAUAUGGCGUGUGUUUCUCUGAGAUUCAAGAAUAGGGAUGGACCAAAACCUACGGCAGAGGCGGUUAAGAAGGCAUUGAGUUCUUACGUGAGUGAAGCGCAGAUUUUGGGAUGUCCAUCGGCUCCUCAACCUUCGAUAAUGGUCAUGGAAGAAGCAGACAGACCUCAACCAAGACUGGAUCGAGAUACGCAAAAUGGGUAUACGGUCAGUGUCGGACGAGUUAGACAAGAUGAUAGUGGUAUCUUUGAUUUGAAGUUCGUUGCUUUGAGUCAUAAUAGUAAGUUCUUUCUCAGGUUAUUUUUAUCCAACAAGUACUGACUAUCUUUAGCUGUUAUUGGAGCUGCAGGAUCAUCAAUAUUGAAUGCGGAAGCUGCUGUCCUCAAGGGCUAUAUAUAAUCUUCAAAUAGAAUCUUAAUACUCCUCGUCCAAACAUAAACAGGACGUGCACAUAAUUUGCAUUUUCUCUCCGGGAUAGGUAUGCUUUUCUUAUGGGCAAGCUGAUAAAUUGUAUGCUCAAAACAGAAGUUUAUCUGUCUAGAAAGGAUCGCGACCACUGCAAUAUGAGCAUUCUGUAAGGCUACCCGUCAAUUCUUGGUCAAUCAGAAAAAAGGACGAAGGAAAAGAGGAGAGGUAAGAAAAGUUACCUGUUAUAUAUUCAUGG